CACGUAUUUAAUGUACUGGGCAUGCGCAGACUUGCGCAGUUUGUGAUCAUAUGACGGCAGGAAGAUGACGACUGAACGUAAAGGAAUGCAGCCCCUCAUGAAGGUGGCAGACGCGGAGAAGGAGAGCAUGUAUGGAUACAUCUAUACAGUCUCCGGACCCGCUGGUGUCACGGUGGGAGAUCCCGUACUCAGGACCAAGAAGCCUCUCUCUGUUGAGCUGGGACCUGGUUUGAUGGGCAGUAUCUAUGAUGGUAUCCAGAGACCCCUGGAGGACAUCUGUGACCUGACACAGAGCAUCUACAUCCCCAAGGGUAUCAACGUGCCCGCCCUCGACAUGAACAAGAAGUGGGACUUUGAACCUCUCAAUGUCCGGGUUGGCAGCCACAUCACGGGAGGCGACAUCUACGGCGUUGUCUACGAGAACAUUCUGGUCAAGCACAAGAUCAUGCUGAACCCCAAGGCCAUGGGCACAGUCACGUGGAUGGCCGACCCGGGCUCUUACAACAUCACCGAACCCCUGCUGGAGACGGAGUUUGACGGCGUCAAGACCACUCACAGCAUGUUGCAGGUGUGGCCCGUGCGACAGAUGAGGCCUGUGACGGACAAACUGGCCGCCAACUACCCACUGCUGACCGGUCAGCGUGUGCUGGACGCUCUCUUCCCGUGUGUGCAAGGCGGGACCACGGCCAUCCCCGGCGCCUUCGGCUGCGGUAAGACUGUCAUCUCCCAGUCCCUGUCCAAGUUCUCCAACUCUGACAUCAUCAUCUACGUCGGUUGCGGCGAGAGAGGCAAUGAGAUGUCCGAAGUAUUGAGAGAUUUCCCCGAGCUGACCAUGGACGUGGAGGGCAAACAGGAGAGCAUCAUGAAGCGUACAGCGCUGGUGGCCAACACCUCCAACAUGCCUGUGGCUGCCAGAGAGGCCUCCAUCUACACCGGUAUCACCCUGUCCGAGUACUUCCGAGACAUGGGUCUGAACGUGUCCAUGAUGGCCGAUUCCACGUCCCGAUGGGCCGAGGCCUUGAGAGAAAUCUCUGGCCGUCUCGCUGAGAUGCCUGCCGAUUCUGGCUACCCAGCCUACCUGCCCGCCCGUUUGGCUCACUUCUACGAGAGGGCCGGCCGCGUCAAGUGUCUGGGAAGUCCCAGCAGAGAAGGAUCCGUCAGUAUUGUCGGAGCCGUGUCCCCGCCCGGUGGAGAUUUCUCCGACCCGGUCACCACGGCCACGCUGAACAUCGUGCAGGUGUUCUGGGGGCUGGACAAGAAGCUGGCCCAGCGCAAGCACUUCCCGUCCGUCAACUGGCUCAUCUCCUACUCCAAGUACGAGCGCGCCCUGGAUGAGUACUAUGAGCAGCAGUACCCAGACUUUGUCCCGCUCAGGAACAAGUGUAAGGAAAUCUUGCAGGAAGAAGAAGAUCUUUCCGAAAUUGUCCAGCUUGUGGGUAAGGGUUCCCUGGCUGAGUCAGACAAGAUCACUCUGGAGGUGGCCAAGUUGAUCAAAGACGAUUUCCUGCAGCAGAACGGCUACACACCAUACGACAGGAUCCUGCUCCCUCCAUUCCAAGUUGUUCCAAAAGUUGAUGACAAUUCCUCGGACAAUGUUGUCGCUCAAAUCGUUUUCCUCUCAUUUUUGCUCCCACUCCCCCCCCACACCCUUCACCUAUGGGAUGUCUGCCUGUACAUUUGUAUGUGUGUGUAGUCAUUUUCUGUAUAUUACAACAAGUACUAGCCAGUGUUUUAUUAAGGUUUUAAUCAGAAUAAACAAUGUGGCUCUGCGUAUGUGUACCCGUUAGUGUGGUGGUAUUUGUGUAGUACACGCUAGUUCAAUUUAUAUGUAUUUCUAGUUCUUUCUUCUUCUUUUUUUCUCCCCCCUCCCCUCCGUCCUUCCUUCAUGCACAUGCCACAACUGGCUUACCCAGGCUUCUCCUGAUUGGUCAAGCAUUCAUUUGUCCAUGAUUUUGACACGACUUGCACCACGCAAACUAUCAAAAGAAAAGUUUUCCUUUACGUAGACACCCUGCACCCUGAAUGCUUUUCCUCUUGGGUCUUUCCUACUUACCCACGUUGGCUCGGCUACUUCCUGCUUCCUGUCUCGGCUGUCCUGGCGGCGAAAAUUGUGAAAAGAUUUCAACGGCUGCUCUGUCUCCUCCUCGUUUUAUCGUUUUAGGACUAAUUUCUGUGGAAAGAUGCUGUUUCUUUACACAAAUCAAAUAACUUCAUGUGAGGAGUUGUUUUAGUAGAGAUUUUGUGGGUUCUUUUUUUGGGGUUUUUUUUUUGGGGGGGGGGUUAGUGGGUAGGGUUGGUAUUUAUAACGUUCCAUAGAUUGCACAAUUUCCUUUAGACUGGCUGUAGUGUGUUUUUUUACUGCGGGUGUGUUGGUGCUGUGUCGUGCGCGGCUCACUUCUGAAAGUGGACUUAGGUAAGAGUUGAGCGUUUGGGCUGGAUUAUGAUGGUGUGCAGUUACACUGGUAUAUGAUUCAAUACUUGUUUUUUAGUCUUUCCAUCUUUUCGUGUUGGGAGAUCUGUUUUUUUUUUUUUUUUAAAGUUUAGUGCAAAAAGUUGUCCUAGUCAUUUAUUGUGCACUAGCAUGGAAAAGGUGAAUGGUCGAACAAUGCCGUGAGACUUGGGAUUGUGUCGUGCAAAAACGUGAAUUGACUUGCGUGUUUCAUGACAUUUUGUUGUUACGAAUAUUCUAAAGACUAGAGUCGUCGACGUGAUGUGCAUCUGAAUGUUGGAUGGUCUAAAUGGAUCGUGGGUUGUGUUGUGGUUUAGUAUCAUGUGAAAAACUCUGGCAAAUUGUGGGCUUGCUUUCCAACCCUUCCUGCCACAACGGGACCAUUGGUUUUUUCUGUAUUUUCUUCUUUUUUUUCCACCAUUUAUCCUUUAAAUUUUUUUCUUCUUGCAAUGAAAAUGUGGGUAAUGUGUUCACUGUGUGUGGUGAAUGCCCAGCUUGUGAGGAAUGUAUGGUGAGGGGUGCUGGUCCAGAUGUGCGUGUGCGUGUAUUAUGCAUGUGUGUAUGUGCGCAUGUUUAUAAUUGAACUGCGAUUGCUUCCGUGUACGAGAAUUGUGAGCACAAAAGUAACUAUACUGUAUUUAUAUUCAUCACAUAGCUCUUCACGUUAUCAUUUAUUCAGAUGUGAAUAUCUUUACACAAAAAAAACAACUUGGGUCUAAUGUAAUCCAUUGUGUUUCGAUUUUGGGACCGAAUGUGGAUGUGACUGCCGAGGUUUGUUCUUUCUUGUACAGGAAAAUUGUCUGGCAUUUUGUGUGGGUUUCUCUCUCUCUACAGCUGUGAUUUCACGUUACCAUGUCUCCGUCUACGGGCGGGCUGGAUGGAUAUGCUGUCUGCUUUCUCUAUUUCACCGAUGAUUGAUUCAUGCGAGGGAAAUGACGCAGACGAGAUAUCCUGAGUGUGCUUGUGUUCGUUUGAUGUUUUGAUGUAAUAUAUUAUGUAUACGAGUGAA